CAUCAAACUCAGCUAACCGCACAACACAUGCCCUAUACGCAUGCACGACACCGCACAUGCACCUCCCCACACCCACUCAUCAAAUAUGACAACAGCCCCCAACCCCCAAGCAGAGAGACCUUUGCCCCUCUCUCUCCCCUCAUCCUCACCUCCUUUUCUUCUCUUCUUGACUCUCUCUUUCUUUUAAAAACCCUAGGACCCUCUCCCUUGGAUGCUGCAAACUCCCUUUGCCUUUCAUGCACGUUUGAGCUUCUCAUCCUUGGACAGGGGCAGCGGCGCGUGCCCUUCACGCGCAUUCCUCCUCCUCCUCCUCCUCCUCCUCCUCCUCCUUUUGCGAACUGCUGCCAAGGCCUUGAUAUUCCACCGCUUGGUUUUGUUUGGGUAAGGUUUGGUAAUGAAGAGGAAGAUGUCUCAGAAAAUGUUGCGUAGGAGGCAGAAGAAGAAGAGUUUUGAAGAGCAGAAUAUUAAUGGGACUAAUAAUCGGUUCUUGAUCAGCGUCAACGUAUUGGGCAGCUCGGGACCCAUAAGAUUUGUGGUGAAUGAGGGUGAUUUGAUCGCCGCUGUCAUUGACACAGCUUUGAAAUCUUAUGCCCGCCAAGGUCGUCUUCCCCAUCUGGGUUCUGACAUCAACCAGUUUCUUCUGUACUGCGCCAAUGUCGGAGCUGACGCCUUGAGCCCAUGGGAAUUAAUUGGGUCGUGUGGAGGAAGGAACUUUGUCCUGUGCAAGAAGCAGAUAGAACCUCAGAUGAGGGAAACGAGGCCUGAGAUGCUUGGUCGGAAGGGGAGUGGCAGCUGGAAAACAUGGCUCAACAAGUCCUUUAAUUUCAAGAUAUUAUCUCAUUGACUCUUUAAGUUUAUCAUGGGUACAUCUCCUUAGCUAGUCUGCUUAGUGCUUACCCACAUCCUCACUCGUUGGGUUUGCAAUUGCAAUCACAAUUUUCCUGUCCCUUUUGGGCAUUUAAAUUAUGGAAGCAAAGAUGUUCUCCCGGGUCCUGCUCCAAAAGAGUAGUGUGAUUAAUUCACACUAUUUUCCUUGUUAGCUGCCGGUCUGCAGUGAAACAUUGGAAUCAUCUUUUUCAGAAGGUCAUUUUAAAGAGCAUCAUCUUCUCACUUUUUCCCAGUAAUGAGCAGAUAUUCCCGAUCUUUCCAGUCUUAUGGGUCAUUUUCCAAAGUGACAGUUGGAUAUGGCAACAUAUUAAGAUCAUGUAUAACGGAGGAUGAGAAACGGGGAAAUUAUGUAAAAUGUCCUAUUCAUGAAAUAUAGAUAAAUUUAGAA